AUGACCAACAUUUUACACUCCGCACCAAUCGGAAAUGAAGAAAAAGGUGCCAUUAAAUCGCCAAGAAGCGAGAUUGUUGCUUACGAGCAUUGGCAUUGUGGAUCUGACGAUUUUGACAAAAGUCUCUCACAUCAAAUGGCAAGAGAACAAUGCCCAAAAAGAAUGUGUAAGUUUUUUUUAAAUAUUGUUAAAAUGCUUUAA